UGCCCGAACACUGCUGCUGCUGCUGCGGAUACAGGGCAGCAGGGCUGGGUAGGGUCUGAAUGCGCAGUGGAUGCUGAGGGAGAAGAAACAAAUGUUUGUUUGUUAUCGUUAUGGGUGUCGUAUUGAGAUGCAAUUCUCACACUCUUAUGGAUGCAUGUUUAAUUAACUCAAUCCCCUCCGUGUUCAGUGACAGCAGUCCAAUGAGGCCAAUAAGAAGCGAUUACUGUUUUGCAGCAUCUUAAGCGUAGACAAAUUGUUGCACCAAAUGCAACGUUUUCCCUCUCCAGCUUCGUCUGCCCUUCAUCUUUUGCUGCAGAUUUAUAUUCACCCUUAAUUAUCUCCAAUUUUGCAGUGGAAAGACAGGCCUCUGUCUCGGUCUACAUUCACUUGGCUCCAGGGUGUAACUGGAUAGCACUUUAUCCACUGACCUUCAGACCAUCGUGCCACCAACAACAGUACCAUGCACAGACACGUGCACAUGUCUACCCUCCUGUUCGUGAGUUUUUUGUCACUGUAGAGACAGCCCUCUAAAGCACCAUCCAUUAAAAGUAUGUUUAAUUCAUUUAUUGUAAUCUAGAGAUUGUUAAAGCUUUAACCAAGAAAGUUUUACAAAUGUACGAUGUAUGUUGAACUAUUACAGUGAUGAUCUUUAAAUAAGGGAUAUGCAGAAUGACAAUCUGCAUCUAACAGGAAAUAGCAGUAUUGAGAUAUAACUGUUUCAAUGUUUACAGUUAUGUUGUUUAUUUUUAUCUCAAGAUGUUAUUUCUUAUCAAUAAGCCAAUAUUAAUUUGGGACCAUGAUUGGAGCCAUACUCUAAAUUACGUGUCAUGCGAUAUAUUGUAUGCAGUAAAGUGAAGUUGGCCCUAUAGGCAGUAAUAAUGCGUUCUGUUUCUGUAAACAGGAUACAAUAAAGUCUUGUCGUUCUGUGUCUUAGAGAUAACCAGCCUGCGUGUGCAUAGAAAGCGAGGAUUAAUGAUGCUUAAUUUGCACAACUGCCAAAAUAACUGAGACUGGAUAUCUGCGCAAUGAUGUUCUUCCCCUUUUCUAAAUUCCCUAUCUCCAUUCGUAGCAGUAUAGUUUUGAAUACUGCUAUCAUACUGGUAUGAGACAUACCAUUUAUGUACACACACAUGCCAUAUGACCAUUUUCUAUUUAUACUCUGGACCGUGUAAAAAGGAAGGGUUAUUUAUAGCAAACGUCUAGGUCAGCAUGUUAAUUGCCGGUUGUCACUGACAUUGAAUCUGUAGUACAGCCAAGCACAAGUAUGUUUUUUUUUCUUCCCUGUUUAUGAACGUGGAGAUCCUAAAUGUUAAGCUGAUUUGCUGCCCAGGAAAGCACUAUGCUGACCACUAUCACUGAAGGGAUUCUUUGCUGUCUGACUGGGAAGGCUGCCAGUCUGGUUUUGCCUCUGGAGUCUUCCGAACCCUCUGAUGGGUUUGAAUUUGUUGAGGUGAAACCUGGGCGAGUCCUGCGAGUGCGGCACAUUAUCCCUGAGCGUCCCAUGGUAACAGAGGAGCAAGUUGCAAGCAAGCAAAAGACGGACAGAAAUGAUGAUGAUGUUGAAGGCUCCCCUGAGGAAGAUAACGAAAGCAAUAUUGGCAGCAGCGUCCACUGCAAGAGGAAAAUCACAGUCUACCGCAAUGGGCAGCUGGUGAUUGAGAAUCUCGGCGAUAUACUGCACUCUGAGAUCCUGCAGUGCCAGGAUGGAGAUUUGGAGCCAUGCAGCACCGUAGAGGUGGAGUUAGCAGAUUACAAAGAAAUGCCCUCUUCUCCAGACCCCAACUCUGCUCUUCCUCAGGUUCACUCACCCCUUGGGGAACACAAACCUGCUCCACCUCCUCGCCGCCGUCGGCGUAAGCCCAAGCGCACCGUGCAAAUCGACUCAAAGAGGGUCAUCUCGAGCUGCAAAGGGACGCACUCGGACGUGGCACUGUUCUUCGUGCAUGGCGUGGGAGGUUCUCUGGACAUUUGGGGCAGCCAACUGGACUUCUUCUCUCGGCUAGGCUACGAUGUUAUUGCGCCUGACCUGGCGGGGCAUGGUGCCAGCACUGCCCCGCAUAUUGCAGCGGCUUAUACUUUUUACGCCCUUGCAGAGGACCUUCGUGCCAUCUUUAAGAGAUAUUCUCGUAAACGCAACAUUCUCAUUGGCCACUCGUAUGGAGUGUCAUUUUGCACCUUCCUGGCCCACGAAUACCCUGAUCUGGUCCAUAAGGUAGUGAUGAUCAAUGGAGGGGGCCCCACAGCUCUGGAGCCCAGUCUUUGCUCUAUCUUCCAGCUGCCAUCUUGUGUCCUGCACUGUCUGACACCCUGCCUGGCCUGGAGCUUCCUCAAAGCUGGGUUUGCCCGCCAGGGUGCCAAAGAAAAGCAGCUAUUGAAACAGGGCAACGCCUUUAAUGUGUCUCCGUUUGUCCUGCGAGCCAUGAUGAGUGGCCAGUACUGGCCUGAAGGGGAUGAGGUCUACCAUGCUGAGCUCACUGUGCCCAUCCUUCUGGUUCAUGGCAUGUGUGACAAGUUUGUGCCAAUGGAUGAGGACCAGCGCAUGGCAGAGAUCCUUCUGUUUGCUUUCCUGAAAGUCAUCGAGGAGGGAAGUCACAUGGUCAUGAUGGAGUGCCCUGACACCGUCAACACCCUCCUCCACGAGUUCUUUCUAUGGGAGCCUGACAUGUCCAGAAAAGACAGCAGCAAAACAGACACUGCUCUCACUGACUCUCUCCACACACUGAAAAUCAAUAAGCCUGUGGACAAAUAAUCAAGCAGGAGACAAGUUUUGUUACGGAACCAAGCAGAAGGCCUUUUGUGGCAUGUGUUCUUAAGGCUGCUCCCAGGCUGAGAGCUGUUAUAAACAGGGCCUCAUCUUCAGGAUGUGGACGGCCACUGGUGCUCCAAGAUUAAGCAGGACUUUGGCAUGUUGCCGACCAGAGAACGAUGGAACAAACAUAAAGAUAAGGGCAAUGGAUGGAAACACAGUCCGUUUUUGCUUCGCUUUAAUUGCAGUUUGUGCUCCAUUGCGUCAUGUUUGCAAAACGACCCAAUACCUGGAGGACUGUGUCCAUUAGGGAUUUGACUAUGAAAUAUAUCUGGUGAAAAACGGACUCCUACCAGAUGCAAAGGCAUACAAAUCAUGAAAUGGUGAUGUGGUGAUUUUCCUCUCCUUAAAUAUUCUGUGUAGUACUGCAGAGCUUCUAAUGUACCUUUUUAAAAAUGAUUAUUUACUAAUCGUUGGAUCAAACAUAUAUCCGCUUUCAUUGGGAAAGUGGUGGGUUGAGGAAUUACAGAUCUGAUCUGCCAGUAUGAUAGGGAAGAACAACUUAUAAUUAAAAAAAACAAUAAUAGUUUAUUACAAAAUAAUGAAGACAUUAAAUAUACUGUCAUUCAUACAUACGUUACAUAUUGCCAGAAUGACAUAUACAAAAAUCCAUCGUCCACCUGCAUUUCAGCCACCUAAUAAUCCCAUCCAAACCAUGUACAGUGUUCACAGUCUCAAACAUUAAGACUCACAGUCACAGUUUAUGUCAAUAAAAAUGUAUCGUCUAUUUUCAAAUUACAGCAAUAUAUUUUCCAUAUAUUGAACUCUUAUCUAACUCAAAAAGCUAUGUGCGUCUAUGUUAAGCACAAUGUAACCAACUCAUUAAUUCAUAGUUGCAUGGAAAUCAAGUUAUAUGCAAGGAGAGAUUUAUCUGAGCUGGUUACAAAGACAGAUGUAAACAAAAAUGGAUGCCCUAAAGUUUCCUUUAUUUGAGCAGCUAUUGCUGCAAUAGUAAAUAAUAUCCAAAGGAUAAUCAAAAAGUUCAGAGGAACUGCAUGAGUUCAGAAUAUGAAAAAGUAUCAGGAUUGUGUCAAACAGUUGCAAUAUAUUCUUAUAUUGAAAAGUUCCCUGUGCACUUCUCUCUAAUCAAUUGAGUGUUCUUUCAAUGUGUAAGUAUUGUUCUGCCUUUAUUUUGAAAUAACUGCCAUAACAAAUUGUGGUUGUAUUGACCGCUUUAAGCUGCUGAGUGGGUUGCUCUAAAACUGUCCAGUUCAUUAUAUUUAUCUAAUAGUGUCAAACAGAAAGAAAAAGCUCACAUUAUGCUCGUAGAAAGACAUUCAUUCAUGGGUGCUACUUUGUCUCAUAGUGGGACAGUAAGGUGUAAGUAAGGAAAAGGUGUUAACCACUGGAGUGUCCAAAGCUUAAAAAUCAAAUGUGAGUCAGCCAAAGGUGAAAGUCCAUUAGAAAGAGAGAAAAUUGUACGGACCAUGCUGGUCUGUGUGCUUAUGCAACAUGACUGGUCUUAUGCAACAGGAACAACAUAGAGAGAAUUAAAGUGGACAUAAACUGACUUGGCACUGACAUCUCAAAUAAAUAUGAUUUAUUCUCUAUGGAGUUUCCAAAAACCAACAAGUGCUGCUGAUGCAUUGUACUGUAUGUCUCCUUUUGGUGUUAAAGGUCAGUAAAACUGUAUGGAUGACAGGGUGCAUACUUCCUUUUAUGCUAAAAGUGUGCAUAUAUACAAAUUGUGAGUGCUCAAAUGUGCUAUAUCUUUUUGUGGUUAACAAAGAUGUAUUAAUGUUAUUGUUGCAUUUAUUCAUGGGAAUCAUAAUAUAUGCACUGCCUGAAUGUAGAUGCAUAUAACAGUAUAUACCCUAUCAAAACUGUUCAGUGUAUGAAUGUGCCUUUCCUGGCAUGAAAUA